GGAAGGAAAAGGCUCGGCGCUUUGAAGCCGCGGAGCGUCGUCCCCAAAAGUGACCUGCAUUGGUCAAGUUAGGGUAAAAUCGAAGAAGAAAAGGAGCAAGGCGAUGACGAAAUCAAAGUCGGUGAGCAGGUCGAGAUCUGGGAGAGGAGAGGCGAGCUUUAGGAGGAGUGAGGCGGCGAGCAGGAGGUGGAAGACGGUGAGCGUUUGCGAUGCGUUGAGAUCGUUUGGGUCGGAGAUUAACUGUUUCGUGCCGUGUGGGUGGUCGAUUUGCUCGUCGAGAGGGGAUGAGGAGAUGAAGAGGAGGAAUUGGUUGAUGGCGAUCGAGGAGGAGAAGGGGAUGGGGAGGGAGUUUGUGGGUCUGGUUGUGGAGGAGAGGGAAAGGGGGUUGGUUAACUGGAAGAGUGGGGAGGAGGAGGAGGAGGAGGAGGACGUUGAGCUCAAGUUUUUUGAGAAGAAGGAAGAAGAUCCUGUGGUUGUUGAGAAAGAGGUGAUGAAGGAGGAGGAAGAGGAGGAGAGUGUUAAUGUUUGUGUUCCGCCGAGGAAUGCGCUUUUGUUGAUGAGGUGCAGGUCUGAUCCUGUGAGGAUGGCGGCUUUGUCUAAGCGGUUCUGGGAUUCUCCGGCGAUGAAGGUCCAAGAAGGGGAAGCAGAGGAGGAGGAAGAAGUUGGUGAUGAGGAGAGCCACGGAACAGUUGAGAAUCAUGUAACUGAGGAAGAAGGAGACGCUGGUGAGGUUUAUAUCGAGAGAAGCUCGAUUGAUGCAGAGGAGGAAGUAGAGAAAGAGGUGGUUUUAAAUGAAGAGAAGCCUGAAGAAGUUGAUUGUGUUAUAGAAGACAAGAUUAUUGUAGUUGAAGAAGAUAAGGGGGAGGUAGAGAAGGAAGUUGGGGUUGUAAAUGAGCUUGAGGAGACAAAAGAAGAGAUCUUUGGCGAAGUGAUUCAAGCUAAGGUGGCAGAGAAAGUAGAGGAAACCGUGGCCAUUGAUGAAUCAAGAGAGAAGAAAGAAGAAGCACACGCACAAGGAGAAGAGACCCUUGAUGUGCGAAGAGGAGGAGAUGAGGUAGGACAAGUAGAGAUCAUACUGAGGAGAUCCAUUAGCUGCUCUGUUCCCAAAAGCAAUGAUUUUGCCUCCAAGGCCAAGGAAGGAGGAAAGAGGCGCAGCUUCUCGUACAGAGAGAAGAAGGAGAAUAGGAGGCACAGCUUCUCAACAGAGGGGGAGGCAAGAAGGCCUAGUUUCAGCUCAGAGAAAGAAGCGAGGAGAUCUAGCUUCUCCGUCGACAAAGAAGGCAGAAGGAGAUGGAGCUUCUCGAUUGAGAAGGAGAAUUUGGGUCCAAAAGGGAAACCCAAGGUCCAGUCUCAAGCCCAGAAGAAGAACGAAGCGCCACCCGCGAAGGAGGAAACAGCCGUAGAGCCCAAGAUCACCGAUGAAGUAAGAGAAAAGAUCCAAGUGAGCAAGAGAGAUGAAGCCCAAGUAUUAGGGGGAAAGGAGAAGAAGAUCAGAGAGUUGCCCGAGUGCCUUCUUCUGAUGAUGUACGAGCCCAAACUAUCAAUGGAGGUAUCGAAAGAAACAUGGGUCUGCAGCACAGACUUCCGAUGGCGUCCCAAUUACAACCACCCACCCAAAGCCAAACCCAAAUCCAACACAGACGAUGACAGCAAUAGAAUUGAAGAAAAACCCGCGGAAGACAAGAAUGUGAUUGCUGUCGCAAAUGCAAAUGCAAAUGCAAAUGCGACGACUGCUCAAGAAACUCCGUCAAGAACUCAGCCAGCGGUUCCAGCGACGGAGCAGAAACUGCUGAAGAGCUCGCCGUUACCUGCACAUUUUGUCCUGACUAGAUGCAAGUCUGAACCGAUGAAAUCGUCGGCAAGGCUGGCGCCGGAUGCGUGGUUCUGGAAGUCCCGGCAUCAGCCCAUUGGCACCGCCGGCAUUGGAUUCUGAUGCGGCCAAGUUGGUAAUUUUUUUGUUGUCAUGCGAGUGAAAGGUAGCGUGUGAUAGUGUUUUUUUGGGUUAUUUUCUAAAUUUGAUUGGCUGUUGUUGUACAAUAAUUAGUAUUAAAAGUUGGCUUAUCAUCACGAACGUUUGGCAAGAUCUUUGACUAGUUGUUUGUAUGAAUGAUGUUUGCAUGAAUUGAUAUAAAUCCACUUCAAAUCA